AUGGGCCCAGGAACCCUCAAUGAUUCAGGAACCCCGGAAUUCCUCCUGCUGGGACUAUGGGCCCCACCUUCCCUUCGUCCCCUGCUCUGGGCCUCACUUCUCCUGGCCUACCUCGCCACGGUGUUGGGUAAUGGUACCCUCGUGGGAUUGAUAGCUCUGGACAGACGACUGCACCGGCCCAUGUACCGCCUGCUGACCCACCUGGCCCUGCUGGAUACGGCCUAUGUGAGCACCACGCUGCCGCAGGCGCUGGCACACAUGACCAUGCACCGUGCCCGCCUCUCGCUGGCGCGUUGUGGGGCGCAGCUGUACGUGGGCAUCUCCCUGGGUAGCUGCGAGGCCAUCCUCUUGGCUGCGAUGGCCCUGGACCGCUGCCUGGCUGUGUGCAGACCCCUGCAUUAUUCGACCCUGGUGACCGCGCCCCGCUGUGCAGCGCUGGCUGGAGCAUCCUGGACACUGGGCUUUGUUCUGUCUGUGCCCAAUGCGGUGGCCACGCUGCGCCUGCCCUUCUGUCCCGGGAGGCCUGCGGUGGACCACUUCUUCUGUGAGCUGCCCGCGGUGCUGAGGACAGCGUGUGCAGACACCACGGCCAACUACAGGCUGGUCUACGGCCUGGGCGUGCCCAUCCUCCUGGUACCCUUGGCCUUCAUCCUAGCCUCCUAUGCCUGGAUUCUGGCAGCGGUGCGCAAGCUGCCUUCGGUGGGGAGUCGCCGAAAGGCCCUGUCUACCUGCAGCUCACACUUGGCGGUGGUAGGGCUCUUCUACGGCACGGUGAGUGCCAUGUACCUGCGGCCCCGCGCCUCUAGUGCCCUCCCCGCCAGACAUCAUAAGCUGGUGGCUGUUUUCUACCUGGUGGUCACACCUGUCCUCAAUCCACUCAUUUACAGCCUUAGAAACCGUGAGGUCCACAUGGCAGCCCUCUAUGCCCUGGCCCGGCUUCGGGGGAUUCGCACUGUGUUGCACUAA